UGGACAACUUGGAAAACACUAGACAUCAGCAGUGUUAUCCAAAGAAAUAAGACCUCCAAAGACGAAGCAUCAGAAUGCUUCAAUUAACUGGGGAAAAUGAGAAGAAUUUUGAAGUUUCAGAAAGUGUCAGAAGGCCUGGACUAUGGAAAGAGAUUUCUUUUGGGGAUUACAUUUGUCACACAUUUCAGGGAGACUGCUGGGCUGAUCGAUCCCCACUUCAUGAAGCUGCAGCCCAGGGGCGCUUACUGGCCCUUAAAACUUUAAUUGCACAAGGUGUCAAUGUGAACCUUGUCACCAUUAACCGAGUCUCUUCUCUUCACGAGGCGUGCCUUGGAGGUCAUGUGGCCUGCGCUAAAGUCUUGCUAGAAAACGGUGCACAUGUCAAUGCAGUGACAGUUCAUGGAGCCACGCCCCUCUUCAAUGCUUGCUGCAGCGGCAGUGCUGCGUGUGUCAACGUCCUGCUGGAGUUUGGAGCCAAGGCUCAGCUCGAGGUGCACUUGGCUUCACCCACCCAUGAGGCAGUGAAAAGAGGUCACAGAGAGUGCAUGGAGAUUCUGCUAGCAAACAAUGUUAACAUUGACCAAGAGGUGCCUCAGAUUGGAACUCCCCUGUAUGUGGCCUGCACCUACCAGAGGGUAGAAUGUGUGAAGAAACUUCUGGAACUAGGAGCCAGUGUUGACAAUGGACAAUGGAUGGACACCCCCCUCCACGCAGCAGCAAGACAGUCCAGUGCAGAAAUCAUCCACCUGCUCACAGACUAUGGGGCCAACCUGAAGCUCAGAAAUGCACAGGGCAAAAGUGCACUUGAUCUGGCUGCUCCCCAAAGCAGUGUGGAGCAGGCCCUCCUGCUCCGGGAAGGCCCACCUGCUCUUUCCCAGCUCUGCCGCCUGUGUAUUCGGAAGUGCUUGUGUCGAGCAUGUCAUCAGGCUGUCUACAAACUCUGUCUGCCAGAACCACUGGAAAGAUUCCUCCUGUACCAGUAAUCCCACCUGUCCAUGGAAAGAAGUAGACUGUUGUCUUCUGUACCCACGGUUCUUAGUAUAGGACACCCAACAGCUGGAGUCAGUAUCUUCAGAUGAGCUCAACCAUUAGAGCCAAGCCCCGAUGAACCAAAACAUUUGGAGAAUGCAAACUCCUGGUUGGUUUAAUGUUCUCAUUAAUCAAGAGGCAACCAGAAACCUUUUAGUUUUUAGCUUUUGUUGUUAGUAAGCUUAAAAAGACUGUGAAGUAGAGUGAAAACAGUAGGCUGUUUUCGUGUGAUUCAGAAUCCUCUAAUACCUAUGAGUCAGCAU